UAUUUAUUCAAUUUUCAUACAAAAAUGUGAAUAGUAAAACAAAUUGUACGUUUCUACAAUAAAAUAUCAUUAUUAUUUUUUAUUGAUUACUGGGAUAUUUAUCAAAUGCUACAUUGUAUAAUGUAAUAAAUACAUAAGUUAAUACAACAAAAAAAAUGUUCCACAAAUUUAAAAUUAAGAUGGCAAACAUUCUUUGUACAGUAAAGAAGUAUCAGUCGUACAGAAGUUACUCGGCGAAAAAUGAAAAUCAGAGUUUAUUUAAUAUAUUUCAUCAAAAAUUAGAUAUGCCUUUUCACGAAACAAAAAGACUUAUGAACAAGUAUUCAUCUAUACGUAAUUCUCCUCCAGCUAUAUUAUCACAAAACAUAUCUUACAUGAUGGAAUAUGGAUUUACAAAAGAAGAAAUUUCUAAGAAGCCUCAAGUAAUAUCAUUGCAUCCGUUAACAUUGAAAAACUACAUUAUGUUACUGGAAGAAAGCGGGUUUUAUAAAGAUAAAAUCAAUCCCUUAGUGAUAUCAAGGUUCAAAAAUUUGAGAAAAAAAUCAAUCGAAUCAUUGAAAGCUGAAAGGUUUAUUGAUCGAAAUAUUAACGUUCAACAUCAUAUAUUAUCAUUUCUCCAAUUUCCCUCAGACAAGUAUCCAAAAAAAUUUAAUGAUUCCCACACAUUAACAGAGGUUCAAGAAAAUAUCUUUAAAUUAUAUGUUAUAUGGAAAAUUCAAAUAGAUUAUUCAGAUAUUGAACAAGCAUUAAAAGUUUAUCACAGGCUACAUAAUAAGAGUCUAAGACUAAUCGAGAGAUCCAUCGACAUUCUUAUCAAUGAUCUUAAUUUUAACUUCGAAAAGAUAAAAAGACAUUCGUAUUUGAUACACAGUGAUCCUGACAACAUGUUAGAAUUAUUAAAUUUUAAAGAACUUUGUGGUAUGGACAUAAAAACGGUUUUAACUAAACAUCCAAAAAUAAUUCUCACACCUUACGAAUCAAUUCAAGAGAUUCAAAAACAUUUAAAGGAUUUUGGUGUUCCAGAAUCUGCUUUAUCUAAAGUCCCCGAAAUAUAUACUUUAGGAAGCAAUUCAGUUUAUGAGCGUUUGUGUAUUCUAAAAAAAACACCCGAAUUAGAAACACUAAUGAGCAAUCCACAGGUGGCUAGAUUGUUAUUUUAUAUGAAAAAAGUAAAUCUACGAUUGAAAUAUUUGCAAAACAAAAACUGUGUUUCUUUAAAUUUGCUGUCGUCAAAUAAUAGGUCCUUUAACAGAUUUAAUAAUAGCGGCAAUGAUAAGGUCACAUCUAAUGACAUCAUGCAUUUCCUGACAAGUGAGCUGAACCAAAACAAACAAAAGCUCCGUAAACAUUUUCAACGUCACAUGUACUGGCAAUAUAUUUCUCUACUGAGAAUCAGACAAACGUACGAAAGUUUGAGAAGCAAACACUUUACAAUAGAAAACAUACGUGAUAACGUCCACAUCCUACUAUAUCCCAUGUAUAAAAUUGACGACGCACUUGUAGACAUUCAAAACAUGGAAAAUGUUACUUAUUUAAGAGAUUCGACUGGGAAAAUUAAAUCAGAAUUUGUGUUACCAUUAGUAUUGUAUAGUUUAGAAAAAACUCAUCAUUUUUCGGGAAAUGGCGUUUGGAGUGUUGAUGAACACAGCAAACAGUUACUAUCGUCCACUUCAUCGCAAAAUCUAUUCAAAGACACUGAGGAACUUGAUCAUGUACCAUCUCCUUGCAUUAUGAAUAUGGACUGAAUAAAUUAAGUAUUUGAGUGCUACUGCAUGUGGCGUUGUUAUAACAAAUAUCAAGCUGAAAUAUUAGCUGUUGGGUCUAGAAGCAUUAUGUGAUGUUUUAAAUGUCAGUUAUCUUCUAGAACCAGUUGAAGAUUAAAAUUGAAAGACUGAACAAGUUCAAUGAUGCUGUGAAUUCAAGUCGUUUUUGUUUAUUAAUAUUUUUUUAAUGAUUAUAAAUAAUGUUAGGUAUACUCAAGUUGUCUGUUAUUUGUUUUUUUGAGAGUAUUUAAAUACACUUAUCUCUAUGAUAAUAUACCAAGUUUAUUGUUCUCUUAGGUUAUUUUAUAUAGUUAAAUAUUGUUAUAAAUACUUGUAAUAGAUGAUUUUAUACUUUACGAA